AAGUGAGUUUUGGACGCGACCUUUGCGCAUUUGGCAACUUGCAACAUGCACGACGAGUCGGACAGCAGUACGAAGAAGACGGCGUCGGGCUCGGCGUACGAGCGCCGGGCGUGGACGCGCAAGGAAGACGAGAGCAUCAUCCGCCUCGUCGACGAGUAUGGCACCAAGCGCUGGUCCGUCAUCUCGGACCACCUCAACAACGAAAACUAUGGGAACGAGCGCACGGGCAAGCAGUGCCGGACACGAUGGCUCAACCACCUCGACCCGUCCAUCAAGAAGGAUCCGUGGACGACCGAAGAAGAAAGCAUCAUUGAAGACGCACAGAACCGCCUGGGCAACAAGUGGGCCGAGAUCUCCAAGCUCCUACCCGGAAGAACCGACAAUGCGAUCAAGAACCAUUGGUACUCGUCCAUGCGCCGCACGAUGCGGCGCAUCGCCAAGCAGGUCAACAAGGCCGCGCCUCCGGCCCCGCCACUGACGGGCAUGCACCCGCGGCUUCCGCGCCACGUAGUCAUUCCGACCGACGACGGUGGUGCACACGACGUCCACGCGCCGAGUCUGCAAAUGACCAAAGCGCACAACCUCGUGCAAGGACUCUCGCCCAAGCAAGCGUCGACGUUCCGGGACUGCUACAACGUGCUUUUGUUCAACAAGGAGCACCCAAACACAGGCACGGACUCGCCGCUCCACCCAGCGAACGCGUCGCCGCACAAGCACCGAAGCUUGUCCUCGAAGCGAAAGCGAAAAGACUUGCGCGUCUGCACGGGGGCGCAUAGCGACGGCGGCAUGUUCAUGCCGUCCACACCCCGGCGGCUGCACCACACACAGCUCCUUCUGACGCUGCUCAGCAGCGCGUCCGAGGACCCGAUGGCCAAGUGCGCCAAUGCGAAGCGAAAGAAGCGAGGGUCGACGCCGUCUCAUGCGAUGGGGCCACCGUCGCGCGAGCGGGCCGGCGCGUACGAAAGCCUUCUGCUCCAAGACCAGUUUGGCGACGCGACGUUCCAGGACAUGGACAGUCCGUUCCACCCGCUCGAGACGCUCGAGUUUGACUUUAACGAGCAAGUGGCCGAGUUCUUCAAUUCGACGACGCCGCUCGGCUCCCACGGUCCGGCGUCGGGCCAGGCGACGCCGUCGCUCUACAGUCUGCGGCGAUCGCCGCUCAUGGCCGCGAUGCUCAAAGCGACACCCAAGUUUUCCUUCGACGACAUUGACUUUCCCGCCGAGAUGGACUCAGACUUUUACAUGGACCCGGUGCCGCCGCUCCGUCUCCGCACCGACGUCAACGUGUCGGUGGCGUUCCCGCCAUCGUCGACGCCCAAUGCGUCCAGCGCGCCCGCACCGCUCGUCAAGAAGCCGUUCAAGCCGCCGACGAUCGAUGUGGCGCUUGGCCUCCAGCACGAUACGUUUGGCUUUGACCACUCAAUGACACCAUCGCUAACGAGCCCGCAGCUGAGCCAGUGGCUCGACGGGUCGCCCCGCGGCUUUACGGCGGCGGUGUAGACGUCUUAGUGUGUAUCUGCUGCCUCCUCCGUGCCGAUUGCAGGCGCGUCUUCGUGCAUCCAUCAUCCUACGUAGGGUCCAUCCCAC